AUGCACACAUCGCUCUCCUUGAUCCUUGCUGCCCUUGCCGGCACCUCUGUGGCUCUCCCAUAUGGUGAUGGCUGGACCAACGGCACUACUACAUCUACUACAUCUGCUGUAACAACCACAUCGGCUUCAACUACUACGUCCUGGUAUACCACCUCAAGCGCUUCCACCAGCUCUACCUCUUCAGUGUCAACCAGCUCAUCCUCAUCGACCACCAAGUUCACUACCAGCUCUACCUCCACCACUUCCCCUUAUACAUCUAGCUCUUCCACCAAAUGGACCAGCUCCACAUCUACUCCUUGCACCUCAACCACCAAGUCAACCAGCUCAAGUUCGACCACAAGCAAGCCCCAUACGAAGACUACCAGUACGACUGUCUCCACUACAACUGCCAAGCCAACAACCACUGAUAUUUGGACUACCAUUACAACUACCGAGUGGAUUACGAAGACGUCAUUUGUGCCUUGCUCGACUGCCAUCGCAACUCAGUCUGGAACCACUUACUAUUCUACUUGGUUGACCACUCAGUACUUCACCACCACCACAUGCUAUCCCAUCCCUACUCAUUACCCGCACCCACCACCUCCUCCGGUCACCACAGUGAAACCAACGACCGUCACAGUUCUUCCUCCUCCACCCCCACCCCCAGCCUCUAGCUGCCCCGCUGCUACUACCAAGACUGUCACCGUCACCAUCACUCAACCUGCACCAACAGGGUCUGGAUCUGGCACAUACUAUCCUCCUGGUCAAUGCCAUCAAUGCCAAACUAUCACCUAUGUCGAUGUCUGGGGAUACGUUGUGACCAUUGCCAUUCCACCUGCUCCUAAGCCAACCACAACUACCACCAGCAGCGUGGUGAUCACUACUAGUACCACUAAGCACCCUCAUAGCAGCUCCACUGCUAGCUCUACCAAGUCGACAGGCACCAGUUCGACUAGCAAAAGCAGCAGCUCCAGCACUACUUCCACAUCGGCAAGCUCUACAAAAACCACCACCAUUGCCAGCUCAACCUCUACCUCGUCGUCAUGGGGAUCCAGUUCGACAACCACAUCAGCUGGACCUACGACCACUACUAGUGUCACUACUACUGCAACCGGAACUGGUAGUCAAAAGCCUACCACCUGGGCCAAGCUGUAA